CCUAUCAUAAUCCUUCAACAAGUCAGACCCCCUCCUGCGAUCUACACAACAAAAUGACACCUCGCGGCGGCAAGCGACGUCGCUCAGCGACUCCCCCGCCGGGUUCGUCGCCCCCAGCAGCGCGACCUGCACACGCGCGACGCGACUCCGAAUCAUCUUUACCACCUUCGUCACCUCCACCUCCCUUCUCCGACACAGAUGAGAGCCUUGAUGAGCGUGAUGCCGUCCGAGAUGUUGACGACGACGCGGAAGAGGAGGACGGUGAAGACCUGUUUGGGGAGCAGCUGGAGAACGACUACGCGGAUAACCUCCCUCUAGACCGCUACUCGGACACAGGGCUGAAUGACGAGGACGUCGAGGAGAUGAGCCUCGCACAGCGACGCGCCGCUGAAGCGCAGAUGGCCGCCAGGGAUCGCCGUGAACAGGGUGGCCGCAGAGGCCAGCGUGCCGCGCGGCGGAGUCUCAUGCCUAACUUUUUGCAGAGCGACGAUGAUAUGGACGACAUGGACGGCCACGGGCUCCUCGCAGGGACGAAGAGGCGUACGCGGCGGCAGUACGAUGAACGAAAGGACAUGGACGACCUGGAGGGCGCGGAGGAUGAGAUCCCGCUCGAACAGCUGAGCGAUAUCAAGGCGAAGUCUAUCGUCGAAUGGAUUGCGAACGAGCGCGUCCGCAGAUCUAUCAUCCGUCAUUUCCGCCAAUUUCUGAUGACCUACGUUGACGACCACGGUGCCUCAGUGUAUGGCCAGCGGAUCCGUAACCUUGGAGAAAACAACUCGGAGUCUCUUGAGGUCUCCUACCUGCACCUUGCCUUCUCAAAGCCAAUCCUCGCUUACUUCCUCACGAAUUCGCCCAGCCCGAUGCUCGCCAUCUUCGAUGAAGUAGCGCUCAAUGCCAUCCUUGUGUACUAUCCGUCGUACGAACGGAUCCACUCCGAGGUACACGUGCGCAUCACGGAUCUCCCACUCAGCUCGUCACUGCGAGAUCUGCGUCGGUCGCACCUGAACACGCUCGUGCGUGUAACGGGUGUGGUGACGAGGCGGACGGGUGUCUUCCCUCAGCUGAAAUAUGUCAAGUUCGACUGCAGGAAGUGCGGCGCAGUCCUUGGCCCGUUCUACCAGGACGCGACAAAGGAAGUCAAAAUUAGUUAUUGUCCGAACUGUGAGGGCAAGGGUCCGUUCUCAGUCAACUCGGAGCAGACUGUGUACCGAAACUAUCAGAAGAUGACCCUACAGGAGUCACCGGGGUCCGUCCCUCCUGGUCGGCUGCCGAGGCACCGUGAGGUCAUCCUUCUGUGGGACUUGAUCGACAUGGCGAAGCCGGGAGAGGAGAUUGAAGUGACUGGUAUAUAUCGCAACAACUUCGACGCAUCUCUCAACUCGAAGAAUGGCUUCCCUGUCUUCUCCACAGUCCUCGAGGCCAAUCACAUCAACAAAAAAGAAGACCAGUUUGCUGCAUUCCGCCUGACGGAGGAGGAUGAGAAGGAGAUCCGUACACUCGCAAAGGACGAUCGCAUCCGGAAGCGUAUCGUCAAGUCCAUUGCACCGUCGAUAUACGGGCACGAAGACAUCAAGACAGCGCUUGCGCUCUCGCUAUUCGGUGGUGUGCCGAAGGACAUCAACCGCAAGCACCGGAUCCGAGGUGACAUCAACGUGCUGCUGCUGGGUGACCCAGGUACAGCGAAGUCGCAGUUCCUGAAGUACGUUGAGAAGACGGCGCACCGGUCGGUGUUCGCGACCGGGCAGGGCGCGUCCGCGGUGGGUCUGACGGCGAGCGUGCGCAAGGACCCGGUAACGCGCGAGUGGACGCUCGAGGGCGGCGCACUCGUCCUCGCGGACAAGGGGACAUGCCUCAUCGACGAGUUCGACAAGAUGAACGACGCGGACCGGACGUCGAUCCACGAGGCGAUGGAGCAGCAGAGCAUCUCAAUCUCGAAGGCGGGGAUCGUGACGACGCUGCAGGCGCGCUGCGCGAUCAUUGCGGCGGCCAACCCGAUUCGGGGCCGGUACAAUCCGACCAUUCCGUUCCAGCAGAACGUCGAGCUCACGGAGCCGAUCCUGUCCCGGUUCGAUGUCUUGUGUGUGGUGAAGGACACGGUGGAUCCGGUGCAGGACGAGCUCCUGGCCCGCUUCGUCGUGGGCAGCCAUCUGCGAAGCCACCCUAAAUUCGAUGUGGAGAAGGAUGAGAUCGAAGUUGGUACGACUUUGGAUGCGGACGUCAUUCCCCAGGACCUUUUGCGCAAGUACAUUAUGUACGCCCGCGAGAAGAUCCGGCCGAAGUUGUAUGACCUUGACCAGGAGAAGCUGGCACGCCUCUUCUCCGACCUCAGGCGCGAGUCACUGGCCACGGGUUCGUUCCCGAUCACGGUCCGCCACCUGGAGAGCAUGAUUCGGAUGGCGGAGGCGAGUGCGAAGAUGGCGCUGCGGGAGUAUGUACGGGCGGACGACAUUGACCUCGCGAUCUCCGUGACCGUCGGUAGCUUCGUGAACGCGCAGAAAAUGUCCAUCAAGAGGACCUUGGAACGGGGUUUCCGCAAAUACCUCACACAGGCGCGCGAUCACGAGGAGCUGCUUGCCUUCUUGCUUGGGCAGAUCGUGAAGGAGAAGGCGCGAUUCUACCAGCUCCAGCGCCAUCAGCAGCCCGAUGUCAUCUCUAUCAAGGCCUCUGAGCUGGACGAGCGGGCCAAGGAGCAUGAUAUCUUUGACACCACGCCCUUCCUGCGGUCAAGGUUGUUUGCUGCGAAUGGUUACAAGCUGAAGGACGAUACGAUUGAGAAGAGCUUCACGCAGGGCGCGUGAGCAUCUUGGGCAAUCAUCAUUGGUGUGUUAUAUUGUCACUGUACUAUUGGUUCUAAUCGAGAAUGCUGUUUUGUAACUGUCUCUCUGCUGUGAGGUGUUUGUACUGAUGGGUUGCACGAAUUAACAUCCACUGUACACCUA